GUGUGUGUAUAAUAUAUAAUAUAUAUACAUACGGCGUUAUCACACACGUGCAGUUGUGAUUUUAUGAAUAAUUUAUAUCUACUGGAAAAAUGAGCGGUGGAAUAUAAAACGGAUAAGGAGGACAUUCGGGAAGAAUAAAGCCGGCGGAAGCUUGUCGAGGAUCGCGGAAGCUCAGGGCGUUCAUUCGUGCGUUGGAGCUUUCAGUUCUUGGUGAACGGUGUUUAGGAGAAGAUUGAUGCGACGAGUGUUUGCGAACGGUGAAAUCGCGAGCGGAAGUUUAGUGAAUCUGCGACGAAGGAACGACAAUUGUUAUUCGAGGAGUGUUGCUAAUAAUUUGUGUUGUAAAUUGCGCGGACGAAGGGAAGAGAGAAGAAGAAUUGUGAAUUGAUUUUGACUGCUGGAACGACGAUUCGAGGCGCCGAGUCGUCGCUUUAGUGCGUAAACGUGCUCGAAGUACGCGAGGCAUAAAUUAGAAACGCUGAAAUAGAAGGGACCGCAAUUACGGAGCGUCGUGGAAUUUUGCGGAGCUUUUAUGAUCGGCUCGUACUGGCUGGUGGGAUCUUCUCGUUUUCGAAUCGCGCUAAAGAAGUCGUAGAGCGACUGCCGGAAGUUUAUAAUAAUGUGAAUGCGAUCGUUGUACCUGCGUGAAACUGGCAAAACAACCGUCGAUUUAUACAGAGUUCAUUAAAAGUUCGUUGAUUAACUUUUCCCGACGAUUCGAGCUGCCUUCGCUCUGAUCUUCCGGGUGUGUUAAUUAAGAAACAGACAGUUUUGACACCCGCGCUACGCGCUACCAAAGACCUGCUUCUGACAGCCGGGUGAACUGCUUUGAUAACAAAAUUCAAUUCCUCAGUCAACGUCGCAGGUGAAUGAUUUAAAAUGUGGCCCAGUUUCAGCACUUUGGUCAUCUUAUCGGCCGUUUUCAUCACCGUGCGAAAUCAGGCGUUCGAUCCAUUCAACGAAAAAAAUGCGAUGUCAUGGGAAUUGUUGCGGUCAGUGAUGAAAGCGUUCCCAGAAGGAAAAUUCAUACAAUUUACUUCCGGGUUGGACAAGCUUCUGGCCUACAAACUUUUACCCGGAUCGGACAUCAAGAGACCCCACAGACUUCAUUUGCCGGACAAAUUACCCAAGGAAUUUACGCUCGUCGCCUCUUUCAAAACCCUCCAGCGUAGUGGACCCAGUUAUCUCUUCGCCGUACUUAAUCCUUUAGACACCGUCAUCCAGCUGGGUAUCAAAAUUUCGGACGGCCCCGGAACCAAUCAGAACGUAACGCUCCUCUACACUAACUCAGACCAGCAUUCUCUGUCCGACGAGAUAGCGACCUUCACGGUUCAACGUCUGGUCAAUAAAUGGACUGAAAUUGUCUUCAGAGUCACGACCACCGACGUCACACUCUAUGUAAAUUGUCACGAAUUCGGGAAGCAGAAGGUAACCAGAAUUCCGUCGGAGCUCAUCUUCGACACCGCUAGUAAACUGUACAUAGCACAGGCUGGUCCCAACAUUAAAGGAAACUUUUACGGGAUUCUUCAGUCGCUCGACUUGUACCAAGGAACUGAUCCGUAUUUGGUUAAAUGCAACAUCGGAAAUGACUUUCAUUUCCCAGAUGCCGAGGGGGGGUCAGGUAAUGAUUCAGAUUUAGCCUCAUUAGUCGACGUGGAACAUUUAUUCGACAAAAACGAGGAUGACGAUGAUGACGACAGACAGUACCCGAUCAUUCCUCCACCUCCACCGCCGCCGAAUAUGGAUCCGAGGGGGCAAAAGGGGGAUAAGGGAGACAAAGGGGAAAAAGGUGAGAGUGUCAGAGGUCCACCAGGACCCACGGGACCACCGGGACCUGGCUAUGACGGCGAUCAGAAGGGAAUUGUUGGCCCUCAAGGUGAACCUGGAGAGAAGGGAGAGCCUGGCACAUGUUCGUGUAACACAACUGCCCUCAUGUCGUCCUUCACAAUGCCAAAAAUGAUGCAGGGGCAAAAGGGUGAGACGGGUGCGUCGGGGGCAGAAGGAAAACAAGGCUUACCGGGAUUGCCGGGCGCCGCAGGGCCUCCUGGUGAACGGGGCCAACCGGGUAUGAAGGGCCCCAAAGGCGACAUGGGCAUAACAGGAGCUGAUGGAGUGGAAGGUCCGCAAGGUCGGAAGGGAGAAGCAGGCCGAGACGGUGUUCCUGGAGAAAAGGGGGCCACAGGUCCUCCAGGUCCCCCGGGAAAGGGAGAGAUUUCCGGAUACGACCCUAGCUGGAAACCUAGGAGCAUGUACAGGAUGGAAGGAAUAACGAUGCGCCCCGGACUUCCGGGCCACAAAGGUGAUCCUGGUACUCCAGGAGAACGUGGGCCUAAGGGGGAACCUGGGGUGGCGGGUGCGAAGGGAGUGAAAGGCGAAAUGGGUCUGAAGGGUACGAAGGGUGACCACGGAAAGGACGGCUCAUCAGGGCUCCAAGGAUUUAAGGGAGAGCCCGGAUCGCCUGGAGCACCGGGAGUUCCAGGAGCUCCAGGAGCAAACGGCACGCCAGCUGAAAAGGGCAGCAAAGGAGACGCUGGUCCCGAAGGAAAAAUGGGACCUACCGGACCUCCAGGGCCUCCAGGACCCAAGUCGGAAGGUGGAAUAAACGUUGGUGAUAUAGAUCCAGGUGAGAAGGGCGACAAAGGAGACAAGGGUGAUCAGGGAUUCAAGGGUGAUUUCGGCUCGAAGGGUGAGAAGGGUGACCGAGGGGAUUUGGGUCCCGCCGGUAUUCCCGGGGUCAACGGAAUCCAGGGUCCCCAGGGCAACAAGGGCGAACCAGGAAAAGAUGGGCUGCCCGGAUCCAGCGGGACUCCCGGGACGAAGGGCGAACGGGGUGAGAAAGGACCACCAGGAGUGACGGCCAUUGCGGGUCCUGGGGAUUACGUGACCAUCAAGGGCGAAAAGGGCGCUAGGGGAAGGAAGGGGAAACAAGGAUCGCCGGGACCGGCUGGACCUCCUGGACCCGCUGGGAAAAAUGGCGCGACUGGAGAAAUUGGACUGCCGGGCUGGAUGAAUGGAAAGGGUCGGCCUGGUCCAGCAGGAAUUCCCGGUAAUCCAGGUGGGACGGGAUCCAAGGGUGAUAAGGGCGAACCAGGCGCUCCGAGUCCUUACGGACUUUCCGUUGGGGUCAAAGGGGACAAAGGAGAUGCCGGAACACCCGGGACUCCUGGUCAGCCAGGUCGGGAUGGUCAGCGGGGUCCUUCAGGACCACCUGGUCCCGCAGGUCCGCCGUCGCUAGGAAAAUACAUUCCAGUUCCUGGGCCACCAGGACCUCCGGGUCCCCCAGGUUCACCCGGAUUAUCUUUCAUCGGCCAGAAGGGAGAACCUGGCAUCAGGCGAGGUCAUAUCUUUAUGGACCGGGGAGACAGCCGUUACGGAUCUAGACAAGGACCGAGAAGCAGUUUGGACGAGAUAAAGGCUCUCCGAGAGCUUAAACAGCUCAAGGAGCUCAAAGAACACUACGGAUCCGGUACCGUGUCAACGCGAGGUCCACCGGAAAGUACAACAAAAAUUGUUCCUGGUGCUGUGACAUUCCAAAAUACAGAAGCCAUGACCAAGAUGUCAGCAGUCAGUCAAGUCGGCACAUUGGCGUACAUAAUUGACGAAGAAGCUCUGCUUGUCAGGGUGAAUAACGGAUGGCAAUACAUCGCUCUCGGAUCGCUCCUACCAAUCACAACGCCAGCCCCGCCAACGACGGCUCCACCCCCGAUAAAACCACCGUUCGAGAUUUCAAACUUGGUGAAUCAAAUCCUGUUGAAGACAGACGGUACAGGGUGGUACCCGAAAAUGCUGCGAAUGGCUGCACUAAACGAGCCAAUUACCGGUGACAUGCAUGGAAUUCGGGGCGCGGAUUAUUCCUGCUACCGACAAUCGAGGCGAGCUGGCUUCAGGAGCAGCACUUUCCGGGCGUUUUUGAGCUCAAGGGUACAAAAUGUGGACAGCAUUGUCAGAUUCGCCGACCGAGAUCUGCCGAUCGUGAAUACCAAGGGAGACGUCCUGUUCAAUUCCUGGAAGGAAAUGUUCAAUGGAGACGGCGCCUACUUUUCGCAAAGCCCGAGAAUCUACAGCUUCAGUGGAAAAAAUAUCCUGACAGAUUUCUCUUGGCCUGAAAAAGUCGCUUGGCACGGAUCGCACAAGUAUGGCGAAAGGGCGAUGGACACUUACUGCGAUGCUUGGCAUACCAGUAGCUCGGAUCGUUACGGAUUGGGUUCUCCGUUGAACGGAGAGCGGCUUCUGGAACAGAUCCGAUAUUCGUGCGAUAGUAAAUUCGCUCUAUUGUGCGUGGAGGUGACUACACAGACGUCUAGACGUCGCAGGGAUGUAGAUAACGAAGAGCAAUUUGACGUUAUGGAAGAUGACGAUGUAGAAUUGUCCGAAGAAGAUUACAACAGACACUUGGCGGAACUGAUGGAAUAUUAAUCCUAGAAAUUUAAUACCAGGUAGUUACCAGGAAGAAAGAAAGAAGAAAGAAAGAAAAUUAUGGAAACGUCAAUUCUAAGUUAAAAACUGUACAGAACUCGUACUCAAGAGAUGAGAAUAUCUAUUCAUUACAACGAGAAUCGUAUAUAAGUUAUAAGUAUGCGGCGAGAUUAUAGUAGUGAGUUGAAAAACGAGGAGUAAACAGAAAACAAAGAAUCUAAUCGACUGAAAUCUGUUCGCAUAUUUAAGAAUGUAUCAAAGAUUUUCUAUAAAAUCGGAAAUCAUAUUGAUUUUAAGCACUGGAAUUUAAGAAAUAUUGAUCAAAUGAAGAAAAAACACGUUCCGUAAGAGUUUGCAUUUCAAUUUUGCAUUGCAUCUCAAAAAUUGUUGAAGAAAAUUUGCGAAAUAAAUCGAAGCACACAGUCUGGUAAAAAAAAAUAAUUGGAAUACAUGUUAGAUUUGACGAAAAACGUGAU